AUGAGUCUGAUCGGCUUGUUGCCAGCUGAAGGACCUCGACGAUCUCUCGUGACUUCGACAUCUUCUCCGCAGCGUCCUGUCUAUGUUGCCAGCCAUGGCGUGGUGCCCGUCACGAGGAACGCCGGUGCGAAAAUCGCCGACAUGGGGAAGCAGGCCAUUGAUGAUGCACUGAAAGCAUCUGUAUUGAACAAAGAAUCAAUCACAGCCAUGUAUGUUGGUAACAUGCUCUCAGGAAUUCUUUCGAAUCAGCAGCAUGUUAGUCCUUUGAUAGCAACUGCUGCCGGCCUCAACGGCAUCGAAACUUCAACGAUCGAAGCGUGCUGUGGAUCAGGAGGAGCAGCUUUACGCUGGGGUUACAUGGCAAUAGCCUCGGGAAUGCAUGAAAACGUGCUCGUGCUCGGCGUAGAGCAGAUGACUCACUGCGACCGUGACUCUGUCACAAAGGGACUGGCCACUGCGUCACACUGGGAGAAGGAAGGUGCUGUAGGAGAGACUUUCGUGUCCCUCAAUGGCAAGUUGAUGUCAAUGUACAUGAAGAAGUAUGGCAUCGGCAGGGAGAGGUUUGCUCCUUUUUCGCUGAAUGCACACAAGAACGCUCUGACCAGUUCUCACUCCACCCUCAAGAAGAACGUUUCCGUCGAAGACUACACCAAGUCCAACGUCGUCAAGGAACCGGUGACCAUCAUGGAUGCUUCGCCGACAUGCGAUGGAGCUGCAGCAGUUCUGCUAACGUCAAACAAGGAGAUCGCAAAGGACAAGGCGGGACGAGUUGUUCGACUUGCUGGCAGUGGCGCCUCGUCCGAUAUCCUCGCGGUGGAUGAUCGUCCAGACCCUCUUGCGCUCGUGGCGGUGGAGAAGUCACUCGAGGAGGCGCUUCGUAGGAGUGGUCUGGAUAGAAACUCAGUCGACAUCUUCGAGCUCCACGAUGCCUACACCAUCAUGGCCUGCCUUUGUCUGGAAAGCGCAGGUUUCGCCUCUCCAGGGGAGGGUACAUUUUUUGCGGCGGAUGGACACAUUGGCUUGAAGGGCGUGCUUCCCAUCUCAACGUUCGGUGGAUUGAAGGCGAGAGGACAUCCCGUGGGGGCUACGGGAGUCUACCAGGCGGCCGAGAUGAAUAUGCAGCUCAGGGAAGUGGCGGGCGAAAACCAAGUGAAGGGAGCACGAGUUGCGGUCACUCAGAACAUCGGAGGGGCUGGAGCGUCUGUUUACACCCAUGUAUUUAUUCAAGAAUAA